AGAGGAAGCGCACGCAUGCGCCGGGGCCCCCGCCGGCCGGAAGACCCAGGCAGCGGAGCAGCGGCUGCGGGCGCCAGACGGCGCACUGGCUGCGGGGAGAACGCUGGCCGCGAGAUGGGGCCUCAGGAGAGUGCCCCGGAGUCCACCGGGAAGUCCUCCGAUCAAGGGGAGUCCGGAUUGUCACUAACUGACCCCGCGCCUUCGAGCGUGGGUGAAGAGUCGGCGGACGCCGAGGCGACUGGAGCGGCCGGCCGCGGCAAAUGUUGGCGCUGCCCUCCCUGGCCGUGCGGCUGGCGCGCGGAGCCAGAAGCCAAGAAGAAAGCACCCUGUCCUGGACUUGGCUUGUUUUACACAUUAUUGUCUGCCUUCCUUUUCUCAGUGGCCUCUUUAUUUGUUAAAAAAGUGCAAGACGUCCAUGCUGUAGAAAUUAGUGCAUUUCGAUGUGUGUUCCAAAUGCUAGUUAUUAUCCCUUGCUUAAUAUACAGAAAAACUGGGUUUAUAGGCCCAAAAGGUCAACGAUGUUUCCUCCUUCUCAGAGGAGUCCUUGGUUCUACUGCCAUGAUCCUUAUAUACUAUGCUUUCCAGACAACGUCCCUCGCAGAUGCCACAGUUAUCUCCUUUAGCUGCCCAGUGUUUACGUCUCUGUUUGCUUGGAUAUUUCUCAAGGAAAAGUAUAGCCUUUGGGAUGCUUUCUUCACCUUGUUCACAAUCACUGGAGUGAUCCUUAUCGUGAGACCACCAUUUUUGUUUGGUUCCAACACUUCAGGGACGGAAGGAAGCCAUUCAGUCCACCUUCAGGGAACAUUUGCAGCUAUUGGACAUGCCGUGUUUGCUGCAAUGACUCUAGUUAUCCUAAGAAAAAUGGGAAAAUCUGUGGACUACUUUCUGAGCAUUUGGUAUUAUGUCAUACUUGGCCUCACUGAAAGCAUCAUCGUCCUCUUUAUACUAGGAGAAUGGAGUCUGCCUUACUGUGGGCUGGACAGGCUGUUUCUCAUACUCAUCGGGCUCUUGGGUUUGGGGGGUCAGAUACUUCUCACGAAAGCAGUUCAAAUAGAAAAAGCAGGACCUGUGGCAAUAAUGAAGACAAUGGAUGUGGUCUUUGCUUUUAUCUUUCAGAUUAUUUUCUUUAAUGAUGUGCCUACCUGGUGGACAGUGGGUGGUGCUCUCUGCGUAGUGGCCAGUAGUACUGGAGCAGUUAUUCACAAAUGGCUUCAGAGUUCCAAAUGAAGCAUUAUUGUUGAAAUCUAUAUAUUUUUUUAAGCAUACCAUCAACCAGUUCAGACAUACUACACACAUACACACACCUGGAAAAUCUGCAUUUAUUCCUUGAUUAUAUUUAAUAAAUUUCAUAAAUAAAGUACCAUUUUUGAAUAUGGUAUGUUUUUAAUUAAGGUUUGCUAGUCUGUUUGGAGUAGCAAGGUUUUGUUAGCUUUUGAUUUUUUUUUUUUCUUGGUACGGGGAUCGAACUCAGGACCUUGCAUGUGCGAGGCAGUUGCAGUGCCACUGAGCUAAAUCCCCGGCCCAAUUGUUUGGUUUUUUUUGUUGGGGUGGUAUUGGUGAGAGGAGAAAGCUCAUUAUUUGAAGAAAAACUGCAAAACAUUUUCUGACUAAUAUAUAUAAUUUUAAAAUAUAUUUUUGGUACAGAUGGGAUACAGGUUGAGGAAGUUUUAGACGUUCUUUUAGUGGUGAGGAGCCUAAGAAAUUUAUAAUGCUGCUAUAAUUAGUAUUAGUUAAUUUGCAACAUAAUUCCAUCUAGGAUACCAAAGCUGAAAUUUGGUAUAGGUGCCUACUUACUGGUGUUAAUACAAAUGAAUUGCCUUAUUUUCAAGAGUUUUAUAAAUGAUUAUCACAUUUUAACUCAUACUUGUGCCUUUUCAUUUUAAUGCUGGGACUUUUAUAUGUGACUCCUAAAAAGUCUUUAAAUUACCAAAUUUGGUCAAUCGUUUUCUGUUUCAAAGGCAUUUAACAACUAGCUAUAAUUUUAUAAUUUUAGUUUUCCUCUGUUUUAUUGAAACUACACUAAUUUAUUUAACAUUUCAAGAUUUCCAAUCUUUAAGUCACAAGACAGAAAUCUUGGCAUGACCAAUGUGCACAUUUCCAUCCUGGAAUCCUUUCUCCUCACUUGAGAUGUGAUUUUCUAUAAAUUCUCUUUGAUUUAUAGUGAUGCCAAAUAAAAUUUUCUCAGGAUCUUAUUAGGUUGAACAGUAUGAAAAUGCAAAGAUUUGACCAUUUUAACUGGUAAAACCCAUAGUUUCAUAAGGGUCGGCCUCAUAGAUAUCUCCCUUUGUUGCUAAAUCCAACACUCAGAGGAUUUUAAACUAUAUAUUUUUUAAAUAACUUUUGAAGUACAGUUCUGCUGUUUAACUUCCUAUUAUAGUCCUUUCCCCUUAUGGAAUUAUAAAAACAUUAAAGAUUUAUGGAUAUAGUUGAUAGAUUUUACAUAGAGUUACAUAGAAAAAAAACACUGGUAAAUUAUAGUAUAUCGGGCUGGGGAUUUAGCUUAGUGUUUCCUCCACCUGCCUCGCAAGCGCAAGGUCCCGAGUUCAGUCCCUGGUACCGAAAAAAAAUUAUAGUAUAUCAGCAUGAUGUUAAGUCAAGCAGCACCAUGAUAGUAAAAGUAACAUCACAAAUGCAUACUAUAUGUUCUUUAUCUGGAGCAUCAUCCUGCCAAUACUCUGCAGUUAAAUUGAAUUUAAUAUCCGGGAAAGCAUGGGAGGUUAGUGAAGAUAUAGGAAGUACAUGCACAUUAUACUUUGUCACAGUGAACUCCAUAGGAGUUGUGCCUCCUAACUGAGACUAUCAUCAUCUUAAGUUGCAGAGUUGAAAAGUUAUAAGCUGUUUCCCACCUCAACAUGAUUCUUCCAAAGUAAGGAACUUUUUUCUAGGAUUAAUGCCUUGGUGAGAAAGGAUCUUUUCCAAUCCAAGAGGGAACUUUAGGCAUGCUGAUUUUAACUAAUGCUUUCAACCUAACAUAUCCUAAAUUAAAUCUAUUUAGGUGAGUCAUCUCACUCACAACUUUAAGCUAACAGUACUGGAAUUUAGACUUGGAAAACCAUCGUUUUGCAAAUAUAUAAUUAGAAUCAGCAUUUUAGAGCUCAGAGGUAUCUUAGAAAUAAUCUUUUAGGAGCCAUGCUCCAUCAAUAGGAAUGACAGGGAAGAAACCUGGCCCAACGUGGGUUUCCAUGGCCUUCCUUCCUUAGUUCUCUGAUAAAGUAUGGAAAGUGAACCACUCCUGUAUCUACCUGACGUGGAUCAACUCUCCAGUUUUCUGUCUUGCUUAAUAAAAGAAUUUUGGACUCUGAAAGUUAAAUCCCUUAUAUAUUAGAGACAUAUGUUUUAUUUCAACACUGGCUUAAAUACUUGAAUAUCACAAUAUAUGACUAAAGUUAGAGAAAAUGUUUCUUUAGACUUUUACAGGGUAUGUUCUGAAACAGUGUUCAAGGUAUACACAAGAUUAUGUAUUGUAACAAUUAUGAGUGUGUAUAUUUUGUAAAGGUUGUAGUUUCUGUAUAUCCCAAAGGAAAUAUUUUCAUAACUUGUUUUCAUAAGUAGUAAUAAAAGCAUAUGAAAGAAAGCUAUACGUUGGUUUUUAUGACUGUAGAAAUUAUCUAAUAUAACUUAUUUCCCUUUUGAACCUGUGCUUCAAAAUUCAUUUUCUGUAGAAUGACCUCUAGCCAUUUAGCUGGGAUAUAAUCUCAAAUUUCAAGCUGUUUGUUUUUCUCUUACACUGUCAUAUCUAAUCUAACAUCUCCAAAAUAAAGGCACUAAUCUGUUCCA